CAGUAAGCCAAAAGCAGGUCUCUACUCUGAGUGCACUAAAGCUUGGAAAACUGAUCAUGAACAUUCAUAACUAGCCUUUCAGUUGUAUUAUUAAUGGAUUAUUAGUUACUACCUUCUGUCUUCAGUGCCAAUAGUUUUUCUGCCUCAGAAGCAAUUGGUAACGUAUGAAAUAAGUUUACGUAUUUUAUCCUACAGACAACUACGUAGCACUGUUUUAGGCUUUUACAGUUGUACAACUGAAACAUGCAAAAUAGAACACAAGUUUCUUGUGUUAAAAUGGCGGCACCCGUGGAUCUUGAGUUGAAAAAGGCAUUUUCUGAACUUCAAGAUAAGGUCGUUGAAACCCAACAAAAGGUGAAACUGGCAGAUAUACAGAUAGAUCAGCUGAACAGAACAAAAAAGCAUGCACAUCUUGCAGACACAGAGAUCAUGACUUUGGCUGAAGAAACGAGGAUGUAUGAAGGUAUAGGACGAAUGUUUAUCCUUCUUCCCAAAGAAGUAAUUCACAAUCAGCUCUUAGAAAAACAAAAAAUAGCAGAAGAAAAAAUUAAGGACCUGGAGCAAACGAAAUCAUAUUUGGAACAGAGUGUAAAAGAAGCUGAAGAUAAUAUCCGGGAGAUGCUCACAGCUAGAGGAGCACAAUAAGUUCCUUGUGUUUGGACUGAAUAGUUGAAAGCAGACAUUUUGAACCACUAUUGUUAAACAUUCAAAGAUGUGAAGAACUUGCCUUAUGUAACUAGCUGCAUCAUGUCAACCCAACCUUGUAGUUUGAUGCACUAAUAAACUACUUAAUUUAUAUACCAAAAAAA